AUGAUUGUUAACCAGGGUCUGAGUGCCCAGAAUCUGAUCGACUUGCUUGGAUUUAACCUUCGAGCUCUUCGAAGUGGAGUGAAUGAAACCAUAGUUCAAGUCUGGAUAGCCUCGCACAAUGAGUCUGAAGUUCGGAAAGUUGGGCUGCUUGGAGAUUUUCCAGAAGCCCAGCCUACUGACAGGCCUGAUAAUGCCACAGUUAAUGAUACAAGAUUGUGUGCCGGUGUGAACAGUUUGGCUUUGAACAAUUUCCUGACUAAAGUUAACACAAGCCAUACCUGCAGCUUCAGUAUUGCAGAGUUUGCUUGCGCAGAGACUCCUCUGCUGCUUUCACAUCUAAGCAGUGACCUCUUGUCAGACAUCUUUCUGUGCUUCACUGGUCCAAAGGCUCUGAAUAGGUCAGAUGAAACUGCCCUGACUGUUUUCCUUCAGAAGCUUGACAGAGCCACAUUGAUGGAGGCACUGCACAUGUUCAACAACAGGACUCAGAACAUGACAGUAAUUCCCCUGAUGACAAAGAUCACAUUUAUGAAUGCCCUGUGGGAGGCUGUGAGAACCAGUGAAAACUUAACAAGUACCAUCUUCCUGAGAAAGUGGUUCCAGAGGCAAUUCCGGCCGUUCAUUGCUGGCAUUUCUCAGUCAGUGCUGAGACCUCUUCUGAGAAGAAAUCUAAGCUGUGAAGGUUAUCGAGCAGUCCUAAAUGGCCUCAAUUAUGGAUUCAGCGAUAUGCCACGUGAAACAAAAGAGACCGUGCUGAGAGUAUGGAUCCUUGGUUACCUCAACAGCACAGCGUUCCCACCACGUUGUUAUGUAAAUGGUAGCGUUACAGUCUACCUGAACAGCUAUUUCCAAAGUUUCUCCAAAUUGCUCAAGCUGACAGAUGCAUUUUUCCUCGUUCCUGAGUUGCUCAAUGUUACUGAUCCCCGUGAAUUGGCUGAUGUGCUGAGCAUGCCAGGGUUCAUCAAUAACAACCAGCUCCUGACCUCAGUGUUGGUCUCCAUCCAGCCCAUUCAGAAACUGGCUUCAUUCAUAGAUCAAUUCAAUGAAAACACCCAAAAGAGUAAACUGUCUCCUGCUAAUCGAGCUGCAAUCAUCGAGGGUGUGUGGCCUCAGUUUACCAGCAGUUUAGCUGCACUAAAUGACACUGAGGUAGAUAAAUGGCUUAAUUUCAGGCUGACACCAUAUCUGCCAUUUAUCACCUUUCCCCUCUUGUUUUCCGACAACAGCCUGAGGAUUGGGUGCCUGUCCUACCAGAAAGUCGUAAGAGCGCUGAAUACUCCGUACAAAGAACUUACUGUGGACAAACGGAAGGAAAUCUAUGAUGGCAUCAAAUCCUACCUGCAGCAAGAACCCAGACCGAAAUGUUACAAUGCUCGUGAUCCAGUCCUGAACUCCACUGCGUGGUUCUCUCAAUAUCUGGGACUGUAUCUGAGUCAAGUCUCACUCUCUGACCUUCAAUCAUUCUCCGAAAAUGAAACAUUGCUUCAAGUGUUCGCAGCAAAUGCAGAAAACCUGAAACUUGUGGAAAACUUGAUGUUAUCGGAUGAGGUCUCAACAGCCUACAUUAACUUACUGGUUAAAAACAAUCCAAACUUUAAUGCUUCAAGUCUGCCAAACUCCCUUCUGUGCUUCAUUACCAAAACUAAUCUGCUUCAGAAAUUGACUGCACAGCAAACAUUGUCUUUAGUCGGAAGGAUAAACAAAGUCUGCGGACUUAACCUAACUUCCAACACGUCUACCGAUGGUACAGUACCUCCCGAAGAGCCAACAGAUGAGCAGUUGAAGUUGGCAGUUGUUCUAGUGGGCAAAAUCGACAACUUUUCAGUCAGCACUUUGAACACCUUGGGGCAAACUGCUGUUGGACUGUCAUUGUCACAGGUUGACAAUAUUGAUGGGAACACUCUGGAGCAAGCCCUGCCAAGUCUGGGCAACGUCAGAGGCUGGAACAUUGGCCAGACUAGUUCAAUAGUGAACAAGUUACUAACGAAUGGCUUCAAGGUCAAUAACUCAAGUCGUCUGCUGGGUCUGGGAAGCCUGGUGUCUGGAAUUCCCAGUGGUGUGUUCCGACGUAUAAAUCCUCAGAUAUUCAUCAGUGUUAUCUCAAAUGAGAAAUUUGUUGAGAAUAUCGGCAGAGCACCACAACCCAUACGGCAGAUCUGUGUUCUGCAGGUGCUGAGGAAUGUGGAGAAUCCAGUGACAACAGUGAAGGCAAUUCCAUCAGUUCUUGCCGCAGAGGUUCCACCUGUCCUGUUAAAUUCCAACCUAAGCCUCGGUGAUGUUAACAAUAAAGAGUGGACUCCCAGUCAGUCCGCUGUGUUCUUUGAAAGGCUGGUCAGAUACAACAACAAUUUUGAGAUAUUUUCAGUGGCUGUCCUGCGAGGUUUCAGUUGUGGAGCAACAAAAGCCCUGGAUUUUCAGAGAUUUUUGAAGCUUGUUCAAGCAAUGAAGGUUAAAGGGAUUAUGCUUGAUGAAAGUCAGCUUGAGUGCAUUUCUGGCAGACUCGCUUCUGAAAGUAUGGAAGUGCCCUUGGACGCCUUGCCUGGGGAUGUUCUGCUGUUCAAUUAUCAAUACUUCAGGGCUUCAUACGAUUGCCGGGAUUUCUACAAACUAGUUGGGAAAUCAAAUGUCAACAUCUUAAGAAAAGUAUCAGUGAGAGAGCGAAAUAUUCUGAAUGAUGCCAGAAUGUGUUUGGGAAUUAUGAACAGAAACCUGACCAAGGAAGACUUGACAAUACUGGGUGGAUUGGUCUGUGACAUUGAUGGAUCUGUUAUCAGGGCAUCUGAUCUUUCGGUUCUGGAUGCCUUAAAGAAUUGUGUCUCCUUUAGAGAUGAUCAGAAAGAGGCAAUUGAAAUCCUCCUGAGAAGUGGGAAGAGCAGAUAUGGUUUACCUUCAUCAUGGUCGUCAUCUACAAUACAAGAGCUUGGAAAUCUUCCUUUGGCAUUGACCGCAACAUGGAGUCAAAUAAACAGGCCGACCCUUAAACAAGCUCUGCCAAGAUUUCUCAAGAAAAUAAAAAGAUUCAGAUCACCUGGAGAUGUGCUGAUAUUUAUUGCUCAGCUCAAACUACAAAGAAGCUCAAACAAUACUAGUGUCUGCACAGAGGGAGUAAUAGCACCAGAAGACAUUGAUGACUUCAUACCUGCAGUCUAUGAUGCUGCCCAGUUGGACAUUUGCUUGAGUGACCAUGUGCUGAGAGAUGGUGUUCUCCAAAUAGGAUCUCUUGCCUUUGACCCAACUCAGCUGAAAGUUCUGAAAAAGAAACUCCUGCAGAUUUAUCCCAAUGGUCUUCCAGAAAGCCAGAUUCAACUGCUGGGUAACAUCUCCACUGUAUUUAACGCAACAGAAGUCCACAGUUGGAAUAUCACUCGAGUGGAAACUAUUUCUGCAUUACUGGCACACAAGCUGGAAAACACAAUGGUUAAAGCCAUCAUUGGAAGAUACCUGCAGUUAGAUGGUAGUCUUAAUGUAGUUUCUUUGAAAGCUAUUGGUGGAAACAACUUGUGCACUUUGGAUGAAGAACAGCUGAUGAAGAUUUCAAACCUGACGGAUGCAGGCGCUCUGGAUUUCACUGCGUGUUCUCAGCCCCUUAAGAACAUUCUUUACAAUCAGGCCGUCCUUGAACUGAAUGCUCAGCAACAAAACCCAAUCGCAUACUAUCAGCUGAUAAAGGUGUAUCUGGGUGGUGCCUCAACUUUUAACUUGAGGUUUCUUGCAAAUAAUCGAGUUAACAUGGACUUUGCAACUUUCAAGAAUUUGAAUCCAGAAGAAGUGAAGGGUCUGAGUGCCCAGAAUCUGAUCGACUUGCUUGGAUUUAACCUUCGAGCUCUUCGAAGUGGAGUGAAUGAAACCGUAGUUCAAGUCUGGAUAGCCUCGCACAAUGAGUCUGAAGUUCGGAAAGUUGGGCUGCUUGGAGAUUUUCCAGAAGCCCAGCCUACUGACAGGCCUGAUAAUGCCACAGUUAAUGAUACAAGAUUGUGUGCCGGUGUGAACAGUUUGGCUUUGAACAAUUUCCUGACUAAAGUUAACACAAGCCAUACCUGCAGCUUCAGUAUUGCACAGUUUGCUUGCGCAGAGACUCCUCUGCUGCUUUCACAUCUAAGCAGUGACCUCUUGUCAGACAUCUUUCUGUGCUUCACUGGUCCAAAGGCUCUGAAUAGGUCAGAUGAAACUGCCCUGACUGUUUUCCUUCAGAAGCUUGACAGAGCCACAUUGAUGGAGGCACUGCACAUGUUCAACAACAGGACUCAGAACAUGACAGUAAUUCCCCUGAUGACAAAGAUCACAUUUAUGAAUGCCCUGUGGGAGGCUGUGAGAACCAGUGAAAACUUAACAAGUACCAUCUUCCUGAGAAAGUGGUUCCAGAGGCAAUUCCGGCCGUUCAUUGCUGGCAUUUCUCAGUCAGUGCUGAGACCUCUUCUGAGAAGAAAUCUAAGCUGUGAAGGUUAUCGAGCAGUCCUAAAUGGCCUCAAUUAUGGAUUCAGCGAUAUGCCACGUGAAACAAAAGAGAGCGUGCUGAGAGUAUGGAUCCUUGGUUACCUCAACAGCACAGCGUUCCCACCACGUUGUUAUGUAAAUGGUAGCGUUACAGUCUACCUGAACAGCUAUUUCCAAAGUUUCUCCAAAUUGCUCAAGCUGACAGAUGCAUUUUUCCUCGUUCCUGAGUUGCUCAAUGUUACUGAUCCCCGUGAAUUGGCUGAUGUGCUGAGCAUGCCAGGGUUCAUCAAUAACAACCAGCUCCUGACCUCAGUGUUGGUCUCCAUCCAGCCCAUUCAGAAACUGGCUUCAUUCAUAGAUCAAUUCAAUGAAAACACCCAAAAGAGUAAACUGUCUCCUGCUAAUCGAGCUGCAAUCAUCGAGGGUGUGUGGCCUCAGUUUACCAGCAGUUUAGCUGCACUAAAUGACACUGAGGUAGAUAAAUGGCUUAAUUUCAGGCUGACACCAUAUCUGCCAUUUAUCACCUUUCCCCUCUUGUUUUCCGACAACAGCCUGAGGAUUGGGUGCCUGUCCUACCAGAAAGUCGUAAGAGCGCUGAAUACUCCGUACAAAGAACUUACUGUGGACAAACGGAAGGAAAUCUAUGAUGGCAUCAAAUCCUACCUGCAGCAAGAACCCAGACCGAAAUGUUACAAUGCUCGUGAUCCAGUCCUGAACUCCACUGCGUGGUUCUCUCAAUAUCUGGGACUGUAUCUGAGUCAAGUCUCACUCUCUGACCUUCAAUCAUUCUCCGAAAAUGAAACAUUGCUUCAAGUGUUCGCAGCAAAUGCAGAAAACCUGAAACUUGUGGAAAACUUGAUGUUAUCGGAUGAGGUCUCAACAGCCUACAUUAACUUACUGGUUAAAAACAAUCCAAACUUUAAUGCUUCAAGUCUGCCAAACUCCCUUCUGUGCUUCAUUACCAAAACUAAUCUGCUUCAGAAAUUGACUGCACAGCAAACAUUGUCUUUAGUCGGAAGGAUAAACAAAGUCUGCGGACUUAACCUAACUUCCAACACGUCUACCGAUGGUACAGUACCUCCCGAAGAGCCAACAGAUGAGCAGUUGAAGUUGGCAGUUGUUCUAGUGGGCAAAAUCGACAACUUUUCAGUCAGCACUUUGAACACCUUGGGGCAAACUGCUGUUGGACUGUCAUUGUCACAGGUUGACAAUAUUGAUGGGAACACUCUGGAGCAAGCCCUGCCAAGUCUGGGCAACGUCAGAGGCUGGAACAUUGGCCAGACUAGUUCAAUAGUGAACAAGUUACUAAUGAAUGGCUUCAAGGUCAAUAACUCAAGUCGUCUGCUGGGUCUGGGAAGCCUGGUGUCUGGAAUUCCCAGUGGUGUGUUCCGACGUAUAAAUCCUCAGAUAUUCAUCAGUGUUAUCUCAAAUGAGAAAUUUGUUGAGAAUAUCGGCAGAGCACCACAACCCAUACGGCAGAUCUGUGUUCUGCAGGUGCUGAGGAAUGUGGAGAAUCCAGUGACAACAGUGAAGGCAAUUCCAUCAGUUCUUGCCGCAGAGGUUCCACCUGUCCUGUUAAAUUCCAACCUAAGCCUCGGUGAUGUUAACAAUAAAGAGUGGACUCCCAGUCAGUCCGCUGUGUUCUUUGAAAGGCUGGUCAGAUACAACAACAAUUUUGAGAUAUUUUCAGUGGCUGUCCUGCGAGGUUUCAGUUGUGGAGCAACAAAAGCCCUGGAUUUUCAGACAUUUUUGAAGCUUGUUCAAGCAAUGAAGGUUAAAGGGAUUAUGCUUGAUGAAAGUCAGCUUGAGUGCAUUUCUGGCAGACUCGCUUCUGAAAGUAUGGAAGUGCCCUUGGACGCCUUGCCUGGGGAUGUUCUGCUGUUCAAUUAUCAAUACUUCAGGGCUUCAUACGAUUGCCGGGAUUUCUACAAACUAGUUGGGAAAUCAAAUGUCAACAUCUUAAGAAAAGUAUCAGCGAGAGAGCGAAAUAUUCUGAAUGAUGCCAGAAUGUGUUUGGGAAUUAUGAACAGGAACCUGACCAAGGAAGACUUGACAAUACUGGGUGGAUUGGUCUGUGACAUUGAUGGAUCUGUUAUCAGGGCAUCUGAUCUUUCGGUUCUGGAUGCCUUAAAGAAUUGUGUCUCCUUUAGAGAUGAUCAGAAAGAGGCGAUUGAAAUCCUCCUGAGAAGUGGAAAGAGCAGAUAUGGUUUACCUUCAUCAUGGUCGUCAUCUACAAUACAAGAGCUUGGAAAUCUUCCUUUGGCAUUGACCGCAACAUGGAGUCAAAUAAACAGGCCGACCCUUAAACAAGCUCUGCCAAGAUUUCUCAAGAAAAUAAAAAGAUUCAGAUCACCUGGAGAUGUGCUGAUAUUUAUUGCUCAGCUCAAACUACAAGGAAGCUCAAACAAUACUAGUGUCUGCACAGAGGGAGUAAUAGCACCAGAAGACAUCGAUGACUUCAUACCUGCAGUCUAUGAUGCUGCCCAGUUGGACAUUUGCUUGAGUGACCAUGUGCUGAGAGAUGGUGUUCUCCAAAUGGGAUCUCUUGCCUUUGACCCAACUCAGCUGAAAGUUCUGAAAAAGAAACUCCUGCAGAUUUAUCCCAAUGGCCUUCCAGAAAGCCAGAUUCAACUGCUGGGUAACAUCUCCACUGUAUUUAACGCAACAGAAGUCCGCAGUUGGAAUAUCACUCGAGUGGAAACUAUUUCUGCAUUACUGGCACACAAGCUGGAAAACACAAUGGUUAAAGCCAUCAUUGGAAGAUACCUGCAGUUAGAUGGUAGUCUUAAUGUAGUUUCUUUGAAAGCUAUUGGUGGAAACAACUUGUGCACUUUGGAUGAAGAACAGCUGAUGAAGAUUUCAAACCUGACGGAUGCAGGCGCUCUGGAUUUCACUGCGUGUUCUCAGCCCCUUAAGAACAUUCUUUACAAUCAGGCCGUCCUUGAACUGAAUGCUCAGCAACAAAACCCAAUCGCAUACUAUCAGCUGAUAAAGGUGUAUCUGGGUGGUGCCUCAACUUUCAACUUGAGGUUUCUUGCAAAUAAUCGAGUUAACAUGGACUUUGCAACUUUCAAGAAUUUGAAUCCAGAAGAAGUGAAGGGUCUGAGUGCCCAGAAUCUGAUCGACUUGCUUGGAUUUAACCUUCGAGCUCUUCGAAGUGGAGUGAAUGAAACCGUAGUUCAAGUCUGGAUAGCCUCGCACAAUGAGUCUGAAGUUCGGAAAGUUGGGCUGCUUGGAGAUUUUCCAGAAGCCCAGCCUACUGACAGGCCUGAUAAUGCCACAGUUAAUGAUACAAGAUUGUGUGCCGGUGUGAACAGUUUGGCUUUGAACAAUUUCCUGACUAAAGUUAACACAAGCCAUACCUGCAGCUUCAGUAUUGCAGAGUUUGCUUGCGCAGAGACUCCUCUGCUGCUUUCACAUCUAAGCAGUGACCUCUUGUCAGACAUCUUUCUGUGCUUCACUGGUCCAAAGGCUCUGAAUAGGUCAGAUGAAACUGCCCUGACUGUUUUCCUUCAGAAGCUUGACAGAGCCACAUUGAUGGAGGCACUGCACAUGUUCAACAACAGGACUCAGAACAUGACAGUAAUUCCCCUGAUGACAAAGAUCACAUUUAUGAAUGCCCUUUGGGAGAGAGUAAAGACCUUUGAAAACUUAACAAGUGUAAACUUCCUGAGAGAAUGGUUCCAGGAUCGAUUCCGGCCAUUCAUUGGUGGCAUAUCCCAGUUUGUGCUAAACUCUUUACUCACAAGAAACAUAACCUGCAGUGGCUACCAAGCAGUUGUAAAAGGACUGAAUAAUGGAUUCAAAGAGAUGCCAUUGGAGACAAGAGAGACUGUGCUAAAUAUGUGGAUCCUUAAAUACCUCAACACCACAGGUACUGGUUGUAUCAGCAAUACCGAUGGAUCUAGAGACUGGCUUUCGAAGAACUGGGGAAUGUUCAGUACCCUUGUUCAAACAGAGAUUUUAACCAAAUGGAAUCCAAGCUUCAACCCACUUGAUGCAGUGGAUUUACUCACACCUUCACAACUGGGAGAGUUUGCUGGCAAGAAUGGAUCAUUGCGCAGUGCUGAUGAUGUUCAGAAGGUUUUCAAGAGCAUCACUACUGAUAAUGUUGCUCAGUUCGUGAAGGAGUUCAGGGCCGCUCGCAGCCAGAAUGCUGGGAUUUUCACUCCUGGUGUCAGAACAUCAUUCCUACAAGAAAUUCUGAACCGUACACAACCAAUUUUUUCAACUGCCAAUGUCACUGAGCUUCAGAUCUGGUUUAACACAAGGUUGCAAGGAUUACUUCCAGGACUCCAAGAAAACAUGUUGCCCUUAAUCUUUGUCACUGAAAACUGCAAAGGAUUUCAGACAAUAAUUUUGGCACUGAACUCUGUCAAAGAGCAGCUGAAUACAAGUGUUCAAGCAGCUGUGUAUAGAGCAAUUUUGGCUUACACUAAAGAAAUAUCUCUGCGUUGCUAUGAAAAUAACAGCUUCAUCCUCUACCUGAAGAGCCAGUUCCAAAAUUUCUCCGAGUUUCUAACUCUGUCUGAUGCUCUAUCAUUGGUCCCAUCCAGCCAAAUUGCUGAGGUAUUAAAUGCCACAGGUCCCAGUGAUUUGGCUGAUUUGUUAAGCAGGCCUGGGAUCAUUGAUAACAACAACUUGCUGACUCUUGUGUUAUGGAAUUACCAACCCAUCCAGAAACUGGCAGAAUUUGUGGAUCUGUUCAACCAAAAGACACAAAAUGAAAAUCUGACAGAUGCAAACAAAGCUGCCAUCAUAAAGGGUCUUUGGCCCCAGCUUAUGAUCAGCUUACCUGGUCUCAGUCACAUAGAACAGGAUAAAUGGCUGAACUUUAGGCUAAAUCCCUAUCUGCCUUUCAUCACCAAUGACCUCCUGGUUUCCAACAACACCCUUGGAGUCGAGUGCCUUCCUUACAGGAAAAUUGUGAAAACAUUGAGUCGUCGUUACAGUGAUUUUUCCUCUGACAAAAAAGUGGAUAUCUACCAGGGCAUCAGAACUUACCUACAGCAAGAUCCUCAACCAAAAUGCUACAGUGUCACCAACCCUGCGCUGAACUCCACUGCUUGGUUUGCUCAUUACUUGGGACUUUUUAUGAAUCACGUGUCCCCAACAGAUCUUCAAUCUUUCGCCAAUGAAUCAAUUCUUCAAGACUUUGCAGCAGACUCUGAAAAUGAGGCACUUCUAAAUAACUUGACACUAUCCGUUGCUGUCUCAAAGUUCUAUAUUAAUUUGCUGGUGACUAAAAAUCAAAAUAUUAACAUUUUGGGGAUUCCAAAUUCCCUGAUUUGCUUCAUUUCUGACACAAAUUUACUUCAAAACGUGGACGGAGAACAAGCAUUGCUUAUUAUUGAAAUAGUGAACAAGCACUGUGAUAGCAACAUGUCAUCUGAAGCAGCAGUUGAUGAACAGAUUAAGCUGUCAAAGUCAUUGGUGAAUAAAAUUUCUAACUUGUCAGCCACCACACUGACUAACUUGCAACAAUCUGCUGUGGGGCUCUCAGUGGCACAGAUUGAAAAUAUUGAACCUGCUAAUGUCGAGAUAUCUUUGCCAAGUCUGAGUAAUGUCAGAGGCUGGAACAUCGGCCAGUCCAGCCAAAUCAUAACCAAGUUAUCAAGAACUAAUUUCCAGUUCAGUGAUGAGAACAAUCUGAUCAGGUUGGGAACCUUGGUGACUGGUGUUUCGGUUAGUCUGUUCCAACGUGUUAAUCGUGAUGUGCUUGCCAACGUGACCACCGAUCUUACAUUCAUCAGCAAUAUUCAAGAGGCAGGGGUACCUGCUCAACAGUUUAUAACUCUACAAGUUUUGCAGACGGAAAAUAACCGAGUAAGAGCUGUAAAGAAAAUUCCAAGUGCCUUAGUUAAGGAGAUCCCGCCCAGGUUUCUCAUUUCAGAUCUAAAUCUUCAAGAUGUCAAUAAUAAACAGUGGUUACCCAGUCAGGCUGCUGUGUUAUUUGGAAAUAUCGUGGGUAAAAAUAAGAAUUUUGAAAUAUUCUCACCCUCUAUCCUGCAAGGUUUCAGCUGUGCUGCUGCAGUUUCUCUGAAUGACACCACAUUUUUCCAGCUUGUUGGAGAGGUGAAGAAGAAAAGGGCUGUGCUUGAUGAAAAUCAGCUAAGCUGUAUGUUUUACAGACUAAUUUCUAACGGAACACCGUCAUCCAUAGACAAUUAUCCUGAGGAUCUUCUUUUGUUUUUCAACUCUGCUGACUACAGAACAUCUCAAAACUGCGAGAAAUUCUUUAAAGCAAUUGGAAAGUCAAACGUUAAUAUCUUACGACAAGGUUCACGCCAGCGACAAAGGUUACUUGAAAAUGCCUUCAUUUGCUUGGGCAUUGAUGGUAGAAACCUGACAAGGGAGGACGUUGCAGUUUUAGGCCGCUUGACCUGUGAUCUUCCAGGGUCUGUUAUUUCUAAUUCUGAUGUUACUGUUUUGGAUCCAUUGAGAGAAUGCACCUCAUACUCAGAUGAUCAAAUGAUUGCAAUUGAUUACCUGUUUGCAAACAGAGCCAGCAAAUAUGGUUUCCCUCGUUCUUGGUCAACCAGUACUGUGAAUAAUCUCGGAAAUCUUCCUUUGGCUUUAACCUCAGUCUGGAGUCAAGUGAAUCCGUUUGUCUUUAAUGUAGCUCUCCCAAGGUAUAUCAGGAGAGCGAAAAAGUUUAAAAGACCAAAGGACAUAGUAAAAUUCAUGAGGCAGCUCAGAAGGCGAAGAAUUUCAAAGCGAGCAACUGGCUGUACUGUUGGAGACAUAACAAUUGGAGGCAUUUCUGAGCUGACGCCAGUGAAUUAUGAGGCUGCCCAACUGGAGGCCUGUUUGAAUAACGAUGUAUUAAAAAACAACUUGGAGACAUUGGGAACUCUUGAUUUUGAUACUGAUCAGCUCAACGUUCUGAAAAACAAACUCAGCCUGAUUUACCCCAAUGAUCUACCGGAAAACCAGAUUCAGCUGCUUGGGAACAUAUCCACUGUGUUCAAUGUGACAGAAAUCAGCAGCUGGAAUAUCACUCAAGUUGAAACACUUUCUGCGUUAUUGGCACAAGAACUGGAAAACACAAUGGUUGCAGCCAUCAUUACAAAAUAUCUCCAGAGUGGCGGUACUCUUGAUGCAGUUUCAUUGAAAGCUAUUGGCGGAGCAAACUUGUGCACCCUGAACGAAAGCCAGCUCCUGACCAUUUCAGAAUUAAUGAAUGCUGGUUCGCUGGAUAUCUCCACAUGCAGUCAGUCAAAGAAAAGACUGCUUUACAUUCAAGCACUGAAAGAGCUAACAUCUCAGCCAAAUAAUACCAUUAUCUACUUCAAUCUUAUAAAGCCAUUCCUCAGUGGUGCCAAUGCAAGUGAUCUGAGUGAACUUGCGAAAGAUAAUAUCAACAUGGAUUUCACAACAUUUACAAAUCUGAAUCCUGAAGAAGUGGUGAAACUUACUGCCAAUCAGUUGCAAAGCUUGCUCGGAAUUAACCUUCCAGCUCUUCAAACUGGAGCUAAUGAAACUGUUGUGAUGGCGUGGGUGAACUCACACUUUGAAUCUGAAGUAAGGACUGUCGGGUUGACUGGAGGAAUCCCCGAUCCAUCAUCAGAUCCCCAACUUAACUUUAUGUGUGGCAACAGUACAUAUAAUGAAACAGCUUUCUGUGCGGCCAUAAACAGUUCUGUUGUGAAUAAAUUCUUGAUGACGAUUAAUGAGUCCCAGCUCUGCAACUUCAACGUUAGUGAUUACGCAUGUGCUCAGGAUAAUCAACUGGGAAGUCUAACCAGUGAUCAUCUGACAACUUUAUUUCAUUGUUAUACUUCAACGAAGGCCCUACAGAGGCAAGAUGAAACUGCACUGGGCAUUUUUAUGCAGAAGCUUGACAAAACGAUCCUCAAUGAGGCAGUGGAUAAAUUUAACAACAAGACUCAGAACACGGCCUCUAUUCCUUUGAUGACAAAGAUCACGUUUAUGAAUGCACUGUGGGAGACUGUGAAGACCAGCGAAAACUUAAACAGUUCUGCUUUCCUGACAAAAUGGUUCCAGGAGCGUUUCAGACCGUUCAAUGCUGGCAUCUCCCAAAUGGUCCUGAACUGUCUGUUGAUACGAAACCCAACUUGCGAGGGUUACCAAGCAGUCUUGAAAGGACUCAAUGAUGCAUUUGAAGAGAUGCUUCAGGCAACAAGAGAAACAGUAUUAAAAGUAUGGAUCCUUGGCUACCUCAACGGCACAGGUGCAGGAUGUACCAGCAACACAAAUGGAUCAAGAGACUGGCUGCUGACAAACUGGGGAAUGUUCAGAUACCUCAUUAAUAUCGAGACUUUUACUACCCUGAAUUCCAAAUUCAGUGCAUUUGAUGCUCUGGACCUCCUCAAUUCAAGACAUCUGUCUGAGCUAACGAUGAACUCUUUGAACAAUGUGAAUAACAUCAGUGAAAUCCUUGAUGCGGUUGCUAGCAGGAACUUCACUGGACUGAGGGAAUACAUGAAGUACUUUGUUACAGACGCAAAAAUGAGGGGUAUUCAAGCUAUUCAGAACACCGCUGUUAGAGAAGUGAUGUUGACUAGGAUCAUGCAGCAGUUAGAACCCCAGUUUCCAGCAUUUAAUGCCACAGACUAUGCCGACUGGUUCCAGACUAACUUGCGUCUUCUGCUGCCCAGCAUUCAAUCGAGUAAUCUCAACCUCAUACCUUUGAACAUAAGCUGUGAAGCAAACCAAGCCAUAAUUAAAGGACUGGACAAUGUUUAUCCAAGUUUAUCACCGUCACAGAUUAAAAAUGUUAGCACAUUUAUAUCAACUUACCUCUCCAACCAACUUCAGACAACAGGUACGUCAUGCACUAAAAACGCUGCUGACAGCCGAGACUGGAUACUAAAGUACUUUGGCAAAUUCAGGUCCCAAUCUCAAUACAGUGAACUAACAUCUCUGAACAGCAAUUUUACGGGACUUGACGUUGUAGAUUUGCUCAGCGUCAAACAACUUGCCCAACUAUCUGCAAGCAGAGGAAUUCUGAACAAUUCUGACGAUGUACAGAAUAUCAUGAACAGGAUCUCAGUCAAUGAUAUUACUCAAUUCAUGGAUGUUUUCAGUCACGAGGCAAAGCAGAACAAUCUAUCAUUGGCCCCAGAGGUGGCAACCAUUUUAUUAAGUGAAGUCUUAAACACUGCUGAACCAAUAAUUUCCACUUCUAAUGAAAGAGAGCUUCAGAUCUGGCUUGAUACUAGACUUGAACUUCUGAUUCCACAACUGAAUGGAAAUCUGACCAAAAUUCUUCUGACCAAUAUCAGCUGCAGUGGAGCUCCAAUCAUAAUACGGACCCUGAGUGCACACAUUUUGAAGUUUCCUGAAAAUAUUCAGCGACAAAUGUACAACAGCAUUAGAACUUAUCUCAGUGCAGGUCCCAAACCAAGAUGUUAUAAUGCAAGCGAUACAGUUUUAAACUCUACUGCUUGGUUUGCCAAUUAUUUUGGGAGAUUUCUGAUUUAUACAACCACAGAUGACUUGACUUUGCUGACAGAUACUGAAACAUUGAAGCUUUUUGCAGCCAACCAGAAAAAUCUGCUUCUUCUGAGGAGUCUUGAUUUACCAAAGGAAGUGCAAAGCUUUUAUGCCAAUGCUCUCUUCACAAGUGUGGACAUUGAUAUCUCAAGUAUUCCUGACAGCUUGGUUUGUUUUAUUGUUGGCACUCCUUUGAUUCAAUCUUUAAACACCCAAGGGGUUCUUGCUCUGCUUGUAAAAGCGAACAAUGCCUGCCAGAGUCCAAGCACUAGUGGAACUGAACCUACAGAUGAUCAGCUACAGCUUGCAGAUGCUCUAGUGGGUAAAAUCUCCAACUUCUCGGCUGAUAUGCUUAUCAAUCUGGGCCAAUCGGCUGUUGGACUAACAAUAACGCAGAUCGAUGCACUUAAUGGUACGGAUGUUCUCAUCGCUCUGGACAGUCUGAGCAAUGUUAAAGGCUGGACUCCUGGCAAAGCCAAUGCAUUGGUCAAAAAGUUGAGCUUUGCUAACUUCCAGUUUAACAAAGUUGAAAACUUGUUGAAAAUGGGAAGCUUGGCAUCUGGUCUUACAAGUGACAGGUUGAGAGCCAUUGAUAGCAUGGUGAUCGCCUCGGCUGUUGAUAAUACCGUCUUUGUAGAAAGUAUAUUGCUUGCUCCAAAAUCGUCACAACAAAUCGUUGUUCUAAAGAUUAAUCAAUCUUCAAGUAAUAUCACAACAUUUAUACAGAACGUUCCAGACCUGCUUGCAACUGAAAUUCCUUUGCCUCAAUUGAUUUCCAAAGAUAUCGAUCUGAAUCUUGUGAACAAAAAGCAGUGGAAGCCUUACCAAGCUGCUGUGUUUUUCGGGACUUUGGCAGAAAAUCGUAACCUAAACUUCAGUGUCGCAUCAUACUCUGUGCUGCAAGGUUUCAGUUGUGCAGCAGGAAACAAGUUGACCAAUGAACAAUUCCAGAAGUUUGUUGAAGCCACAAAAAAUGGGGCUUCACUGAGCACUGAUCAGCUGAUAUGCAUGUUUAGAAGAUUGAAUGCCGUUGGAGCACCACAAACCACUUCUCAGCUACCAGCAGAUGUCCUGAUAUUCUACACCCCUGAAGCAUUCCAGCCUGAAAACUGUACAAACUUCUUCCGUGCUGUUGGGCAUGCCAACCUUAAUGUUCUGUCAAGAGAAUCUCAAGAACGGAAGAAUCUGUUAAAAGAAGCUAAUAGCUGCUUGAAUAUUUCAGGUGAAGGCUUGUCAAGAGAUAAUGUGAUGAUACUAAAUAAUUUAGUCUGUGACUAUGAUGGAGACAUUACCAAAGCGGAUAUUUCUGUAUUAGAGGCUUUGAAAAAUUGCAAUGAAUAUACAUCUGAUCAACAGAAUGCAAUUAAUAUCUUGCUUAAUAAUAGAACACACAUAUAUGGUGAUAUCUCCACAUGGAAUACUUCCACACUAGAAAGUUUGGGACCACUUGUGUUUGCUCUGAAUGGAAAUACGUGGAAGAAAGUGAAGAAGUCUGUUAUCUUAGGUGGCUUGAAAAGGUACGUGGGGAGACGAUCCGAUUUCAAAAUUCAAAGACAGCGAGACUUGCUCCAAAGGCUGUCCUUGCAAACAAUAUCAAAACGUGGAGCAGAGUGUACAAUUGGUGAAAUAACAGGAUCUAUGACAUUUGACGGCACGCUACCUGCACAAUACGGAGCAACAGAUUUAGAAAAAUGUCUCAAUAACACUGUACUAAAGGAUUACCUGUUUCAGCUUGGAAGUCUUGCUUUCUCUGAAGCACAACUUGGAGUUUUAAAGGAAAAAUUAAAUCAGAUUUAUCCAAGUGGAAUUCCAGAAGACAAGAUUCAGUUACUGGGAUAUAUUACUUCAGUGUACACCGCUACUGAUGUUAACAUGUGGAAUGUAACCGAACCAGAGACCCUUUCAGCUGCAUUGCCAAACAGCCAGAGUGAUGACGUGAGCAAAGCCAUUGUGUCAAGAUAUUUAAGUGCAUCUGGAAUAAUAGAUACAACUGUACUGAACAUUAUAGGUGGUAGAGUGUUGUGCCUUCUUGAUGAAAGUCAACUAAACAAGAUUAGUCCUACAGAUAUUAGCACUGCAAACCCGCUGAAUAUUCCUUCAUGUUCUCCAUCAAAGAAAUUAAUAAUUUACGACAAAGCAAAGAGUGUGAUUGAGUUACAGAACAGUGAUCCAGUCAUCUACUAUAACCAGAUCAAAACCUACUUGGGUGGUGCAAGUGCUGCUCACUUGCAGACUCUGGCUUCAAAGAAAAUCACUAUGGAUCCCUCUGUAUUCCUGUCACUAAAUCCUGAUGAAUUAAAAGAACUCAGUGCCAAUGAAUUGAAAAAUCUGCUUGGAAUUAACCUUCAAACUGUUAAAACUAAUGAAAAUACCACGUUAGUCAAGACUUGGAUUGCAGAACAUACAAAAAGUGAAGUGAGGAGCUUGGGGCUUGGUCUAACAGGAGGAAAGUCUGACUCACUACCUUCUGGCUUAAUUAAUAUCCCAGUAAUAGAAUCAUCGUCAUCAUCUAUCAACAGGAACUAUCUGUGGUGUUUAAUUCACUCCUUCUCCAUCAGUACAAUAAUCAUUGUAUUACAAGCAUGGUUGUGAUAGAUACAGAGACUUAAUCUGUAAACUAACGUCAGAGUAAAUUCAUAAUGUCUAUGUACAAGUGUAUGACAAUCAACUACUAAAAACUGAUUGAAUGACAACAUUAACAUUUACAGUUAGCUUAAAUGUAUAUAAUAUUUAACAUACAGAGUAAAUAUUUUAAAUUACGAAUUCAGUUUUGCAUUUUGAAAGUGAUUCUAGGAGCUUAUUAAUAGAUAAAUUAUCAGGUCACCAAAAUAUUACCAGGAAGAAUAAGAAAGAAUCUAUUUAAUGAGAUUUGUGAUUUAGUAUAUAAGUUAAUUGAGAUUUAAAAAAACUUUAAUAAUCAUUAAAAUAUAGUAAUGUAAUACACAGUUCAGGUCAAAUGUUAUUUUCAGGGUUUUUCUAUAAAUUUUGAUGUAAGGAGUUGUCAACAGAUAGAAAUACCAAUAUUUUAAAGUAAAUAAGCAAGCAAUUUAUAUUUAACUCAGAUGGGUGUAAUUAUUACUUAUCUCAAACAUGAAAAAUGUGAUGAUUUUUUAAUUAAAUGGCAAACAGUAAGGACAAUCAAAUGAAAUGCAUAUUUUGAUAAUAAAA